GUUUAACAGUCUAGGCGGGAGCCGGAAGCCCAGCGCCGGAGAGGGCCGCGCCGGGGCCCCCGGUGUACGGCGGCUGAGAGGUGCAGUCAUGCAGGAAAACCUCAGAUUUGCUUCAUCGGGAGAUGAUGUUAAAAUAUGGGAUGCUUCAUCUAUGACAUUGGUGGAUAAGUUCAACCCACACACAUCACCACAUGGAAUCAGCUCAGUGUGUUGGAGCAGCAAUAAUAACUUUCUAGUGACAGCAUCUUCCAGUGGUGACAAAAUAGUUGUUUCAAGUUGCAAAUGUAAACCUGUUCCACUUUUAGAGCUUGGUGAAGGGCAAAAGCAGACAUGUGUCAGUUUAAAUUCAACAUCAAUGUAUUUGGUAAGCGGAGGCCUAAAUAACACUGUUAAUAUUUGGGAUUUAAAAUCAAAAAGAGUUCAUCGAUCUCUUAAGGAUCAUAAAGAUGAAGUAACUUGUGUAACAUAUAAUUGGAAUGACUGCUACAUUGCUUCUGGAUCUCUCAGUGGUGAAAUUAUUUUGCACAGUGUAACCACUAAUUUAUCUAGUACUCCUUUUGGCCAUGGUAGUAACCAGUCUGUUCGGCACUUGAAGUAUUCCUUGUUUAAGAAGUCGCUACUGGGCAGUGUUUCGGAUAAUGGAAUAGUAACUCUCUGGGAUGUGAAUAGUCAGAGUCCAUACCAUAACUUUGACAGUACACAUAAAGCUCCAGGUUCAGGCAUCUGUUUUUCUCCUGUCAAUGAAUUGCUAUUUGUAACUAUAGGCUUGGAUAAAAGAAUCAUUCUCUAUGACACUUCAAGUAAGAAGCUAGUGAAAACUUUAGUGGCUGACGCUCCUCUAACUGCAGUAGAUUUCAUGCCUGAUGGAGCCACUUUGGCUAUUGGAGCUUCCCGUGGGAAAAUAUAUCAGUAUGAUUUAAGGAUGUUGAAAUCACCAGUUAAAACCAUCAGUGCACAUAAGACAUCUGUGCAAUGUAUAGCAUUUCAGUACUCCACUGUCCUUUCUAAGUCAGGUUUAAAUAAAGGCUGUUCAAAUAAGCCCACAGCUGUGAACCAACGUACUGUUAACGUGAGCACUGCUGGUGGAGGAGUCCAGAAUUCUGGAGUUGUCAGAGAAGCAGCUACCACUUCCAUUGCCACAGUUCUGCCACAGGCCACGACAGCAGUUGUGGGGAAAGGAACAGUGGCUCUUCAAGACAAAGCAGGUCUGCCUCGAAGCAUAAACACGGAUAUUUUAUCUAAGGAAACAGAGAGUGGGAAAACCCAGGAUUUCUCCAGCUUUGAUGAUACUGGAAAAAGUAGUUUAGGUGACAUGUUCUCACCUAUCCGAGAUGAUGCUGUAGUUAACAAAGGAAGUGAUGAGUCCGUAGGAAAAGGAGAUGGCCUUGACUUUCUACCACAGUUGAACUCAGUGUUUCCUCCAAGAAAAAAUCCAGUAGCUUCAAGCACUUCAGUGUUGCAUUCUAGUCCUCUUAAUGUCUUUAUGGGGUCUCCAGGGAAAGAAGAAAAUGAAAAUCAUGAUCUGACAGCUGAAUCUAAGAAAAUGUAUCUGGGAAAACAGGAACCUAAAGACUCCUUCAAGCAGUUUGCAAAGUUGAUCUCUGGUGCUGAAACUGGAAAUCUAAAUACCUCUCCAUCAUCCAACCAAACAAGAAGUCCUGAGAAAUUUGAAAAGCCAGAAAAAGAAAUUGAAGGCCAGUUUAUAUAUGAACUUCCAGUCAAUGGAUCCUCAACUCCAAAUCCAAAGAUAGCAUCUUCUGUCACUGCUGGAGUUGCCAGUUCACUAUCAGAAAAAAUAGCUGAUACCAUUGGAAAUAAUCGGCCAAAUGCACCAUUGACAUCUGUUCAAAUCCGUUUUAUUCAGAACAUGAUACAGGAAACAUUGGAUGACUUUAGGUACCCCCUUUCCAGAAUCUUGGACCUUGCAGUGCUGGCUGCCUUGGGAGUUCUGAAUUCUAAUACUCCCCAACCAAGUGAGACUGUCUCAAACUCCAGGCCAGUGCUCUCAUCUCAGCCUCUUUUUCUCAUAAUAUGGAAUCAGCACAUCCCGCAGAGGGAAAAGCAGAGAGAAGCAUGCCAUAAGGAUAUUGUGAAUUUGCAAGUGGAGAUGAUUAAACAGUUUCAUAUGCAAUUGAAUGAAAUGCACUCUUUGUUGGAAAGAUACUCAGUGAAUGAAGGUUUAGUGGCAGAAAUUGAAAGACUACGAGAAGAAAACAAAAGACUACGGGCACACUUUUGAAAUUUCAGUGAAUACUUUAAUGUUUUGUAAUUUGGGAAGCUUCUGGCAACACAGAGCUAUAUAGAUUCAGUAUUGUUUUCAUGGCCUCUGGGAAAAUUUUUUUUCAAGUAAAAGGGUGAUGGGAUUGUAUACCAACCACUAUUUCAUCUUUUCUGUCAAAAAUAUUUAUAUUUUUAUAUUAAAAACUGUACACUGUGU